UCAACUGUGGCGCAGGAAAAGUAAAUCCACUUGACUCUGUGUAACGACAGAGAAGGAUAGACUAGGCUAAAUCGGGAAUUUUCCUCUGACACACGUGAGAGCCCAAGAAAGAGAAGACAAUAACGGAAUACAACUUUAUUAAUCUUUGAUUUAAAGAAAAUUUGAAAUUUUGACUCGGCCUGUUGAAAUAUUUCGUUUUAUACUCGUUUGCUGUUACUUUAGUUAUUCCGCUGUGCAGAAAACAAGAUUUGUGGCCAAAUUAUGGUUGGUGGCAAUAAACGCCUGUUUAUAUUGUCGAAGGAGGAUGCCUGUUGUUGGCUUCCGCUACUUUCUUGAUGCCUCUUUCCUGCUUGUUUAUUCUUUUGAAAAUGUUUGGAAUAACGAAUAGUUCUGUUACAAAUCUGCAAUGAACGAAAGUCAUCAUUCGAGGAGAUCGAAUUGCGUGCUCAUCUUUGGGUUUUAUAACUUAUUUGGAACAGUACUCUGUGUGGUUUGGUGUCGCUACACUUUCUUUCAACUCUUGGGUACGUCGGUGGCGUAGAUAGCGCAGUGGUAAACCUUUUCUCCUCAACUGGAACCUGUAUUAUACCAUACUUGGAUAAAGUUUCUGAAGUUCCCACAAUAACAAAUAAACACAUUUUACCGCCGUGGAUUAAACAUAAAGAAAUCCUGGAUAACACAAUAGUAGGAUAAAGUGUGGUUUUCUGGAGAGGAGGAAAGCGGAGUGUAAGAGGCGUCUAGAAGGAUGCUGUUUCUUGUAAAAUGGAAUUGAAUAUUUUUUUUGCAGUUAUUGUGGUGGUUUGUUCAUUUUUUUCGAGUUUCAGCCAAGAACUCAAUCCCAAAGGCAGAAAUGUAUGCAAACUACCAGGAUCACCAGGCUUGGUAUGCUGCAGCGGGUGGGGGCAGCUAGGCAAUGAAUGUUUGACACCUCUUUGUGUAGGGAACUUUACCUGUAAGGAGAAUGAGGUGUGCGUCAGGCCCAAUGAAUGUCGCUGUCGCCAUGGAUAUUUCGGAGCCAGUUGUGAUACAAAGUGCCCAACCCAAUUCUGGGGCCCCGACUGCAAGGGCAAGUGCCAGUGCUUCCCCAACGGCCACUGUGACGACAUGACGGGCAAGUGCACGUGCAACCCCAACCGCUGGGGGCCCAACUGCGAGAAGCCCUGCCUCUGCCAGAAGGGCAAGUGUGACCAGGACACGGGCUCGUGCACAUGCCACCAUGGCUUCUGGGGCCCUCAGUGUGCUAACAACUGCUACUGCAGUCUCAACUCUGUUUGUGACCAGAACACAGGAAGGUGUAACUGUAGUCUAGGUUGGUCGGGGAGGAACUGUGCCAUCCAGUGUAACUGCAAUAACUCACCAUGCGAGCAGUUUACGGGUCGGUGCCAGUGCCAGGAGAGACAUUGGGGCCCGCGGUGCGAGAGGUAUUGUCAGUGUAUCCAUGGGAAGUGCAACCAGGUGGACGGCUCAUGUACCUGUACGCCGGGGUACCGAGGGAAGUUCUGCAGGGAACCAUGUCCCGCUGGAUUCUAUGGACAGAACUGCAGGAACAGGUGUGGGCAUUGUAAGGGGCAGCAGCCCUGUAAGAUAACCGAGGGCAGGUGUAUAACCUGUGAGAGGGGCUGGAACGGGACCAAGUGUGAUCAGAUGUGCCUGUCAGGCUUCUUCGGAGAGAACUGCCUGGAUGUGUGUCCUCCGUGCAAAGACGGCCACUUCUGCAACCGCAUCGACGGAAAGUGCUCCCACUGCAACCCCGGCUGGAUCGGGGACAGGUGUGAGGUGCGUUGUCCCAACGGGACUUAUGGGGAUAACUGUGAGAAUGACUGCAGACACUGUUCUAACGGCGUCUGUCACGUUGCCACCGGAGAGUGCCUGUGUGACCCAGGAUUUUACGGGACAUACUGCAACAUGACGUGUCAGAUGGGUCAGUAUGGAGUGAACUGUGCCCAGACCUGCACCUGUCACGACAACAACUGUAACCCAGUGUCUGGGGCCUGCAACCUACAGCCUAACCAGCGGAUGGGUGUGAUCGCGGCGGGAACCCUGGUCUUCUUUCUGCUCAUUGUCCUCCUCUCACUCCUCUGCUGCUGCUGCCUCUGCAGAAAUAAACACCACCACAAUCCUGACCAAGACAACUCUACCAACAGUAAAAAAGCCAAGCGGAUCCUGUGUGGACGAUUCAGCCGAAUCAGCACCAAACUCCCCCGGAUCCCACUGAGACGGCAGAAGCUGCCUAAAGUAGUCGUAGCCCACCACCCGGAGAACACAUUCAACUGCAGCUUCAUCGAGCCCCCCUCUGUAGCCGAGCUGCCCAGCCCCUCCUCCUGGUCCUCCCAGGAGUCCUUCGAUUCCUUCGAAGAGGAACCCAGUGAUGAUGGCCCUGUGUACUGUGUUCCCCAUGAAGAAUCGCUGAAUGAGAAUAAGGUGAAGUGCAGUUCCCCUGUGGCUGAGAUGCCAGCAGCAGCCUUCCACAGUGAGGAUGAUACAGGUGGGUAUACCUCCCUAAAAGACACCAGUGCCACCACCUACAAACCCCAGGAUGGGAGUGAAGCGCCCCUCAAGUCCUUAGACAGCGAGGGCUCCACCAGCAGUUCUGAGUCAGCCAUUGGGGCCCUUUAUGCCCGCAUUGCACACCUCUCAAAGAAUUCCAAGGAGGAAGAGGAUGGGGGCGACAGCAUGGUCUCCAUCGAGGUCAAGGGUAACAGGAAACCACCGUCCCCGGGGGGAAAGACCAGGACCAAACCACGCCCGCCGGACCCCUCCACCAAACCCAAGGUGUCGUGGAUCCAUGGGAAUAACGGUGGUACCACUCUCCAAGUGGAGAAGCCAAACCAGGGGGGCAAGGGGCUAACAUUUCCCAAGGUGAAGACAGCCAGGAGCUCUAGCAACAGCUCAGCCAAGAGCGAAGAGAGGCAGAGGCUGAAGGAGAAUUCCAAGGAGAAGAGCAACCAAGAGGAAAAGGGGACGGUGGUCAACGGCUCCCCUAGCAAACACAAGGCCCACUGGGUGGGGAGGUCCGGAGAGAACAUGAACCACAUGGAGCACAUCAACGGGGUGGUGCAAAACGCUCUCAAGAAGAUUGGCAACUUCCACAACUCCGAUAAGAAGGCAGCCGCUGUGGAGAUCCCCAAGGAAGCACCCAAGAGCCCCAAAGUGAUCCACCCACACAUGAACUCAGAGGCCGCCACACUCCUGGCCGCCCAGCUCAAGGAGAAGACGCAGAGCAUCACCCGGAACGAGGGCACAGGCCUGGUAAAGACCAACGGCCUGUCCACCCCGAUCCUCCGGGGCCGAGGAGACCGGGAAAAGCCCACCCCUCCGCAGAAGGUCAAACGGACCACCGCUCCCACACCAGGCCACCAGGGCUCCAACAAGCCUCUGCUGCCUACCACCACAAGCCUCCAGAAGAUGGUGGGUGUGGGGGUCCCCAAAACGGACCCAGCUACCCCCGAGGUCGCCCCCAAGAGCCCGGAGAAGCAGGACUUGAACGGCUCUAGAGUGGGAAAGGGUUGUGGUGGUGCGGGGGACCCCAUGCUAAGGAAGACCCCCAUCAAAAAGCCUCCCCGAAAGAAAGGCAAGGACGGGACUUUGGAUACUACUCUGGAAACACCGACAAAGACAGCGAUUAUGCCACCGCAGAUAGUCAAAUAGACAGUUUUUAAAAAUUGUUUCUCACUGACAGGACAAUGGUGAAUUAAUUACUUUUCUUCCAAAGGAGACAUGCAAAAGGACUUACUUGGUGGUUGUUCAUCAAAGGAAUUUAUUAUUUUUGCGCAUGUGUGUGCUGUGUGUCCAGAACCAGUGGAAAGUAAGUGGAACUUGUUUUUAAACUGUGGUUCUUCUCAUUGGUGUGGGAGUGGGUUUGUAAUAUAUUGAACUGUAUACCAUACUAGUAUUACAUGGACUGAAAUUGAAAGUAAUUUCAUGGACUCUUUUCAUAAACCUGCGAUGUAUCCGUUUUCCACUACAACGCUAAACAUAACUGGGGGAGAGUGCUGACAGUGGCAAGCAAUCGUAUUUAAUUUCCUCCAUAUUUCUCCAAUGCUCACAACUAAGUAUUCAUGUAAGAAUCUCAUCGUUGUAUCAUUAUAAUUUAAAAACUUUUUCCCUCAAUAUUCUGUGUGAUGCAAUCAAAUCUAUGCAAUGUAAGUGAGGUGAAGUAAGGCUAAGUUGAACCAUGGUACUGAGAAUACAAGUUCAAUAUUUUUCAGUUUGAUUUAAAUUAGCCAGUUACACUCCAUAAAGGAGAUUGUUGACCUCUUUUUUUUUUGUCCUUUUUUGUUGUUAAUAUGUUGCGUAAUACAGAAAGUACAGUAUCUAGCUCGUCCUGAAUUGCCCUGUUCUUCAAAAAGAUUCUCUCCUUUGGCAUUUUAUUGUCUUUAGAGAGUACAUUCUUUCACAAUUUUGUCAGUCAUGGUUUGUUGGCAAACAAAUUCACUUGUUGAACUCAAGCAAACUGUUAAGGAAGCAUUACGUUGUCAUUCUGCUCCUAACAGAGCUAUGGCCUCAUGAGACUCGGCAAUUCAUUUUUGUCCUCUCUAAUUGUUAAUCGUUUUUGGUCCGUAUCUCUAAGGCCAUACACUGUGUUAGGUCCUGUUGUCCCUUUUUAGAGGACAUUCUGGGAUUUUCAAUGAUAUCACAUGUGUGGGGGUGUCAUCUUCAUAAAAAAACAAAUCUGGUUCAAAAUGGCUCUAUUACAAUUUCCAUCAUAAUUAACACAUUUUAUUGUGUUAUAAUCAUUUUUGUGAGUUUGAUAUUCAAAUCGUUUCUAAUAAGUAAAUAUCUCAGGAAUAGUUUGGUAAGUUUUCAGAGCAGUGUAAUACAUUUUCCACAUAAAAUAUGAGUAACUUUUGGAUAUGCUCUCUUUUUACAAGUAAUAGCAGCAAACAAAAUGCUAAGCUAUCUUUUCCUUGUGCUUAUCGAAUAGCUAGCUUGUGUAAAUGCCAUACUUUUAGGUUCUUUCCAAAUCCUUCCUUCAAUCUCACCCACGUACGGGUAAGCAACGCCCCGUAUCAAGAAGUAAUAAAGAACAUCCUUGCAUAAUGUUUCAUAAAGGGCAUGAAACAAUGGCUACAGUGCUAGAGGCGUGACUACAGGCUGGAUCACCACCGGCCGGGAUUGGGAGUCCCAUAGGGCGGUGCACAAUUGGCCCAGCUUCGUCCGGGUUUGUCCGGUGUAGGCCGUCAUUGUAAAUAACAAUUUGUUCUUAACUGACUUGCCUAGUUAAAUAAAACAUUUAAAAAAUGUCAUGAUGGAUUAGUCAUCUGGUGUUAUCACAAUGUUGUCUAUUAAGGCUGAAGGCAUUGUGGAAGUUGCCCUAUAAAAAGGCAUUGAUCAUUGUCCUAAUGGAUGGAGUCAGUCUGGUCAGACAAACAACUUUUGGUUGUGAACUGAUACCUCCCCUUUCUGCUGCUCAGAUACAUUAGUGCAUUAUUAUUCUGUGGAAGGCCCUAAGUAGCUACAUCUUCUCUGAUUUAUAAAGGCAUGGUAUAGUGUAACACUCGCUAUAGCAAGUAUUUCAAUUGCGAUAAUAAAUAGAAAAGCAAUAAAGGACAUCCUUGUCUUACACCUCAAGAUAAUUUAAUACUUUCAGAAAAAUUACCAUUUUUAUAAUUUCACAUGCAAGGUUGCUGUGCAUGACUUUUCUGCUGUUUUGCCAAGAGAUUACACCACUAAUGUCUGAUGGUACCAUUCAUUGUUACUGGGAAAUAUUACGUAGCAGAAGAAAUACAACACAAACUGUUUGAUACUUCAGUAAUUAACUUCCUGUGGUUUAAUUCAUUAUUGCAUGACUUAGUCUAGACAUGUUAGAUUGGUUUGAUGCCAAGUUUACUUUGUCCCAACUUGAAUUACGAAGUGUGGUAAAUUAGUUUAUCAAAGCCAGCUAAUUGUGGUGGCAGGUAGCCUAGUAGUUAGAGCAUGGGGCCAGUAACCGAAAGGUUGCUGGAUCAUAUCCCAGAGCUGACAAGGGAAAAAUCUGUUCUGCCCCUGAACAAGGCAGUUAACCUACUGACUUGCCUAGUUAAAUAAAGGUUAAAAAAAUAUUUAAUUGAAGCUAAUUAUCUAAUUAUCACCCUAUCCUAGACCCAAAGGAAUGUAUUGUGUCUAUUACUGUAAUCAGUCUAAGACAUGGGGAAUAUGAUGAUGGGUGUGGUUUUGAGCAAACGUAUAUUUGUAAAUUUACUCAACAAGCUUGUUCAAAUUCAGCUCACGAGUAGAAUGUACAAUUGUAAGGCAACCAUCUGCAAUAGGAUGAGUUGACAUGGAAUUGUUUUAAUGGUCAUACCAUGGCUCAUUUAGCUAUUUGAUUUAGAAUUUUAGGUAUUUGUAUUUGAUAAAAUAUAGAAUUUGGCAUUUAGUACCAAAUCCCAUAGAACCGCAUAGAAUAACAUAUUCAUAAAGGGAAUAAGGUUUUAUAGUGUCUGUCCUAUAUCUUUGAGAUAUAAGAAAGCUCAGGAAAUAUACAAAAUAUAUAUUUUUUACACAUAUUUAACCCCUUUUUUUGGGUAGGCACACAACUACCUCCACACUUCCAUUCCUAAAAAAAGGAAAAUGGUACCGGUUACAUUCAGAUGAGUCCCGUGGGGCUUGUGUGGGUCGUAGAGCAAAACGGAGACCCCCAUCGUGUUCGUGGGAGUCGCAUCUAUCCAUAGAGUGGACUCUACAGCAGUGUAUGAUAAGUCCGAUUUCCGGGAUGUUUCACGGUCUGACAAACAGCACUGUAGCUCAGCCACCUUCCACCACAGAUGAGGAAGGCUAUCAUAGGCGGAUGUGGUGGGCUGAGACGCAGCCCAUGCAAGAACAGAUAUCUCUAGCUUAAACUGAUGGAUUUUGAUGGGGAUUUAUGUUAAUUUGAUUGAUGCACUGGUGCGUCAAUAGACUCUAGGGGCAUAGCAACAGUAAUAUAGUUGUGUGUUUUUAUGCAUAUGAUAGUAACUACAUUGCAAGAGGAAGCUCACAGAACUAGAGCGUAUGGGAUAUGAAUACAACAUAUUCAUAUAAAAUGUGCAUAUUAUAGUACAUAAGUGACAGUGGUUUAUGCUGUGGAAUCAAACUUACAUUUCACUUUCACAGUUUGAAAAGCUAUUUGAGAGCUUAUGAUUCCUACACAUUUGUUAUUGCUGUUUUUCAUUUUUUUUACAUUUGGAUUUCAACGAUACAGCCAGUCUCCUCUUUACCAGUUAUUUUUUUCUACAUGUGAAAGUAUAAUUGUAUAAGUUUGUAAGCUGUGCUUAUAUAAAUUGUUUUGCUACUCUACUCUGGAUGUGUCAAUGAACUGGCUUUCAUGUUACGUUUGAUUUCUUUGUGUCGUGUUCUCUGCAGCCACGGUAUGAGUACUUACUUGGCUUGUUAUUUCCCUUUUCUCUGUGGAUGUUGUUAGUUUAACACAUAACUUAAUGAAGCAGAGUUAAAUUAUAUGGAAACCUAUAGCCUUCUCUCUUUAUCUUAUCAACUUUUCUUAAUCCUUUUGUCCAUAGGAAAUAUAAAAUAUCAAAACUUCAAAGUAUUGUACAGGACAUGUAUUAUUGUGUCACCGCUGUUAUUAAGUACAUGCAACUGAAACCAUACAAGUUGUGUGAUUAUAAAGUGCCAAUUUCAGCAAGCAGAAAACACAUAUUUUUAUAUCUGACUGACUGGCCUCUGCCUGCUUUCACAGGCUACAGUACAUAUUUGUAAGCAGGGCCUCAAAACGCUGCAGAAACAUCACCAAUACGGUUGUAACUCGUCAUUCUGUUUGUCUGAUUAGAUUUUCAGGUGUUUGUCUGUGAAAUCUUUUUUUUUUUUUUUUUUUUUUUUUUACUUUGAAAUAAAAGCGAUACAUGUAGUG